GGGGGGCGGGGCUUGCGGCGGGGAGCGACGUGGCCGGAGGCACCGCAGCGAUUGUAGAGCCGCGCUCGCCAUGCCAGGACCCAACCCCAGCGCCACCAGCGUCGGAUCCGCCGGCCGCUCUCCCAGCAAGGCGGUGGCUCCCCGCGCCGCGGGAUCCACCGUGCGGCAGAGGAAAAAUGCCAGCUGCGGGACAAGAAGUGCAGGCCGUGCCACUUCCACAGGUACUGGUGGGAUGUGGCGAUUCUACACCGAGGACUCUCCAGGGCUCAAAGUUGGGCCUGUUCCAGUUUUGGUCAUGAGUCUUCUUUUUAUUGCUUCUGUGUUUAUGCUGCACAUCUGGGGUAAAUACACCCGUUCAUAGACUCAGCUGCCAACUUAAAGCUUACAUUUUGGACCAAAAUGUGGUGGAUCCUGGUUGUUCUUGAAGAGAGACUCAGGAAGCUUCCUAUCACCUGUUGAAGUCCUGUCAACUUUGGCUCUAAUACUGAAUGGAUUUCUCAGUUUGCUAAUUGGGCAUAUUUAAAGUUUGUCAUCGGUCAUUUUAUAUUUGUAUCUGUACACUUAGAAUACAGGUAUUGCAAUAAAAGUUGUAUAUGGAAAUGCUAA